AUGGAGAUUCUCCAGGCAAGAAUACUACAGUGGGUUACAGUGGCUUCCCCACCCAGGGAUCGAAUCCAGUCUCCCGUUUUGCAGGCGGAUGCUUUACCAUCUGAGCCACCAGAAGUUAUUGCUGUAACAGCUGCAGGCAAGAGAAGAGGACCCUAUGAACUCUGCUCUGUGGCCAGUGAAACUCAGUGGUCAUGCUACAACUCAAGAACAGGAGAGGCUGGUUCGAUCCCCUGGAUCGGGAAGAUCCUCUGGAGUAAGAAAGGGAAACCCACUCCAGUAUGCUUGCCUGGGAAAUUCCAUGGACAGAGGAGCCUGAUGUGCUGCAGUCCAUGA